AUGAGCUGCGCUGGAUACAGAAACUUUUAAAGCUUUGGUAAGAGCCAAUAUUUCAAGGUUGGUACUCGCUUAUGGAUGAUCAAAGUGUUAGGAAAAAAUACUUUUUAUAAAAUCUUCACAAACUUCUUAAAGCCCUUCUCAACUUUGAGCAAAUCCCAAUACACUUACCAAAUAUAAGAAAAUGAAGAUGAAAAAGACAAGAUGUUAGGAUUUGAAUUUGUUUCAAUCCCUACCAAAUAAUUUUUUACUAAAUAAAUUCGUGAAAUUCAGUUGACUCAAAUGAUUAACAAGAAACUCAAUAAAUCUACUAACCCCUUCAUAUACCAAGAAGGACUUGAUGGAUUAAGCGAAACAAAGAAAGAAGACUCUGGAGUUUUUAACUGCAUCAAUGACAAAAAAUCAUUCGUCCACUCUUUAUAACUCAUCAAUAAUCCCAUGGCUAUGGACUAGUUCUGUCUCGAUGAAGUAGAGACUGUUGUAAGUGAAUACGAUUUGGAAGAAUGCAACAGCUUAUUAUAAGAAAGUAUGGUCAUAAGCUCAAUGGAUUCUCUUUAUGAUUCAACCACUGACACCGAAGUCUAUUGA